AUGGAUGCCAGACUUGCAAAUUACGACGGGUGCGAUGCGAUGAAAACAGACCAAUCUGUGGACACUGCGAUCGCCUGCAAAUGGAUUGCGUUUUCGUGGCACAACAGCGGCAGUCACAGAGACGUUCUACGAUCCAAAGAGAAGAUAUCCCCUCUCUCGAACACACUGCGUCUGUGUCACCAGAGCAAUCCCACUCCGACGCAUGCGAGACUCUUUUUGAAGAGCCCCGAGAAUCCGAGGCGCUUGCGUCCUCAGUCACAUUAG